AUGGAUCAUACAGACAGUCAAAAGCCAGAGUUUGAAAAAAUCUAAGGUUUUGCUACCAAAGUUAUCAUUGAUUGCGACCCAGGUGGAGAUGACGCACAUGCUAUUCUCCUUGCAUAAUAUUUAUCAAAAGCUUUCAAUGUACAAAUACUCGGAUUGACAACAGGAGGAGGAAAUCAGACUGUAGACAUGGUGACAAAAAACUCAUAAAUUAUAAUUGAUAUCCAUGGUGAAACUGGGUUUUUAGUUCAUAAGGGAACUCAGAGAGAUGAUAUUUUGCACAUAUAAGAUGGAUUUUUCGGUAAAGAUUCAUUUGGUGGUUAUCAAAGCAAGUAUCAAGAAAUCUAUGGUGAGAUAGGCGAUAAGCAUUUAUCCAAGCAAACAGCCAUUGAAUUCCUCCUUGAAUAAGUUAAUCUAUUUCCAAAUGAGAUCUCCCUUAUUUGUGUGGGCUGUUUCACCAACAUUCAAAAUGCUCUUAUUUAGAUGCCAGACUUUCUAGAUAAGCUCAAGAACAUUGUAGUAAUGGGAGGAACUCAUUCUGGUAUUGGAAAUGCACCAAAUUGGGUAUCUGAGUAUAAUUUUCAUGUGGAUCCAAAUGCUGCUAAGCAAAUCUUUGAAAAAGCAAAAAAUAUCACUUUGAUUUCUUUCGAUCUAUGCUAUGAUUACUAUAACAAUAUGAGUGAUGAAGAUUAAGCUGCUAUUUAUGGCUAGAAUACUAAAUUGGCAAACUUUAUAAGAUAAUCUAACAGCUAGGCUUUUAAAAAAGUUAAAAGAUAUACGAUCUGUGAUCAAGUUGCUGUUGCGGUAGCAUUAGAUCCAAGAAUUGUUCUUGACUAUGAGUAAAAGUAAUGCAAAAUAUAUGAUGAUAAAGAUGAAUCUACAAGAGGAAUGGUUGCGAUAAAUUGGAUUGAAUUCUACAACAUUAAGGAUCUACAAAAAGUCAACAUCGUAACUAAAAUAGACAAGAAAUUAUUGACUAUGUACCUUAGAGACUGCUUGAAAGAUGGUUUAGAUGUCUUUUCAAAUUUCUAACAUGAGUGUCAAGAAAAUUAGAAAGCUUUAAGUGUAUAUCUAGAGGCUUUAGGAAUUCCUGAUUACCUUAAGAUCGAUCCAUCUUUAGGCUCUCUAUUAAUGAUCCAGAUGAAACAUCUAGAAAGAUUUCCUCUUUGCGAUCUUAUAACACAUCAAAAUAAAGAUUAUGAAUUCUACUCAUUAGUAAGGAGUUUAAUUGAAGACAAAGAGAAGUUUAAUAUUGGAUCAAUCAUUGAGCAUACAGUUCUUCUUUACUAUGUUUUAAAGCAACUUAACUUUGAAGUUGAGAUUAUUAAAGCAACAAAUUUCGAUCAAUCAUCAGAAAUUUAAGAUAAACAAAAUUAAAAUACCUUGGAAGAAAGAAAAUUAGACUAAGAAGAGGAAACUAAUCAAUUGGUUCUCAUUGUCAAAUUCUAAGGACAUAGAAACUAGACAAAGAAUUUCUUGGUUGAUUUCGGCUUAAUGCAAAAAAAUGCCAGAUAUCCAAUCCCACUAUAAAAUGAAUAAGGAGAAAGAGUUUAUUAGAUUGGUAAAAACUAAAGAUUCAUUAUAAACAAAGUUGAGGAUUAAUUUGAGAUUUAUUAUUCAGGAAGUGAUGGUCAUUAGCAUACUUAAAUGAAAUUUUAAUAUCCUUAGCAGAAACAACUGACCAUCAAGUAAGCUCUUGAUAUAAUUUCUAAUUAAGGUAAAAUUUUAAAUGAUGAACAGCAAGCUUCGGAAAUUCAAAUGAAGCGAGAUUCAGGCAUAAAUCUCGUUAAGUUUUUACCAAAAGGUUUAGUUAACUUAAAGAGAAUGCCUAUUAACCCUGAUUUUUAUGGAGAAUUUCAUAUUAAUAUAAUGGAUAAAGAAUAAUAACUAGUUUAAAUUAAGUCAUCUGAAGAAUUUGAUCAACUAUUUGAAAAGCUCAGGAUUAAUGAUGAUCUAUCAGAUAUUUUGAAUUUAACUUAGAAACAAUGA